GUGAGAGGAGCCGGGUGGGCGGGGCCAGCUCUCGCUGGGUGCGCGCGCAGCCUUCAGUACGACCGUUCAUGGCCGACUUCAAAGAAUUCUAGUUACCUGAUGGACCUGAGAGGCUGCUCUCCGGCCCCAGCCCUGGACCCUCCCGCGCCACUGAACCCCUCGACCCGGGGGCCUCGGACCCCAGGGCUCAGGAGGACUGAACGCGGACCUGACCGAAGUUACCGCGGGACCUUCCGAUCCCCCCGACCAUCUCCCAAGUCUGGCCAGGCUGAUGGGACUAGCGAGGAGUCUCUGCACCUUGACAUUCAGAAACUGAGGGAGAAGAAGGACAUGCUGGACAAGGAGAUCUCCCAGUUAAUAUCUGAAGGCUACCGUGUGGAUGAACUGGAGGACCACAUCGGCCGGCUCCAUGAGUACAAUGACAUCAAGGACGUAGGACAGAUGCUACUGGGCAAGCUAGCUGUGAUUCGAGGUGUCACCACCAAAGAAUUGUAUCCAGAAUUUGGUCUGGACAUGAAUGACUGAGAAGAGGCUUACAGCCCCUUGUCUGUGGCCCAGAGGGGCAGACGGGAAUGGACAUGAGAAGCCAUGAGAGUCCAACCAGCAAACCUACAGGGUUUCUAGCAAGAAAAUGCCAGAAGCUCUUUUCCAGAGAGCCCAACC